AUGGAUGAUACGCCCAUACGAAAACGCAAGAGCAAGUUGAAAGCCUGCUACCGGUGCCAUCGGCGCAAACAACGAUGUGUCGGCUAUCCGACCUGCAGCAACUGCCUGGCGGGCAAUGCGGCCUGCGUGAGGGAAACCCCGCCGACCUCGGGACGCUUUGCUGGCCUUUCCAAACAGGAGCUGGUUGAGAAGCUGGAGAUUGUGUUUGCUGACCGAGAGGCUCCUGCCGACCGCUGGCGGCAGUCGACUGCUUCGCCAACCAGGGCUGGCGCUGACUACCCCGACGGCCCUCAAGACGGUGAUGCUGCUCCAGAGGAAGGCGGGAGGACGUCCAACGACGAAAAUGGCCGCCAUGUGUCGCUUUGCAGUGCUGGCGACGCCGAUGAUCCUGCGCAGCCCACGCCCGACAACGAGGUGUGGGACAAGGAGGCCACUCCCCAGGGCCAUCUCAGUCCCUUGCAGUCAGAGAAUGAUCGACUCGAAAAGGCACCACCACCUGACGACCGGCUCGGGGAGCAGCUUCUCACGACAUACUUGGAGAACAUGCAUCGACGGACGCCCUACCUAGAUCUGGCCGACAUCCUCGACAUGCACGCGAGAAGACACUCGGAUCUCCUCGCCGAUGCACCGUCCAGACACGGUGGCUUCCGGCUCUACAUGAUCUACGCCAUCGCCGCCGCGAUCAUGCGGAUCACACGACCAUAUACCUCGACGCUCCCGGAGCGAUAUUUUGCCACGGCCCUGCACUUCAAGCGCACCUGGGAAGGCGAGGACCCCGUGCGCGACAUCGAAGCCAUCCUCCUGAUCCUCUACUAUAAACUUCGUAUGUCCUUGGACUCUCGCAUGUGGUAUCUGGUGGGCCUGGGCGUGAGGACCGCGAUCGACGCGGGCAUGCACCGCGAGUACUCGUACCGAGGUCUCGACCCCAAGAAGGCGAGCGCGAGGCGCCGCAUAUUCUGGAGCAUCUACGGGUUGGAGAGAAGGGUGGCCUGGUCUCUACGGCGGCCCUUUUGUCUCGCCGACUACGACAUUGACACUGAGGAGCCAGCCGCAUCCGACUAUUACAUCCCCGACAGCAUUGCCAGUGUUCAACGGGCGGAUCACCCUUUAAGCGGAGGCCCGGUUGCAGCCCGCUCGCAAGUCCAUGCGUCUGCGGCGGUUUUCGGCUUGACAAGGAUCAUGUCUCGAGUAUAUGUCGACAUUCACCGCGUCGACAAGCCUAUCGCCGACUUGAAGAAGGAGGUACCCACGCAGCUGGCCCUGCUUCGACAGUUUGAGAGCACCUUACCCAAGAUCGCCGCACGCGAUCAGGAUUGGGUCACGAUGCACUACCAGGACUGCGUCCGGAAGGUCAUCGAGCCCUUCUUGCGGAUGCUCCAGCCACACGAUGAGCUGAUGCAGAUCUGCCUCCAAGCGUCCGGCCACAUGUGCCAGCUGUUCCGAAGGAUGCGCAUGAGGAGUUUGUCAGCCUACUCAUUCCUGAUGAUCAACUCGUUUUUCAUUGCCGGGAUGAAUAUCUGUUACAUCCUCUUCAAAGCACCUUUCCUGUGGAGCACAGCCACUUCGAACGACCUGCGCGCCUGUUCCUCUACGCUGUCCGCCAUGGCCGAGACGAACCCCAGCUUGAGAAAGUACCGCGACGUGCUGGAAAGCAUCAUCGACAGCACGAUGGAGCACGUCGACCAGUUUUCCCAGCCGGCGGCCACGAGCGUCUGUCGCUGCGCCAACUGCAACCCCAGCGUCCACGGCGACAACGGCGAGGAGAACCGAUCGGCCUUCCACCAGCUGGGCGGCACGUUCACGCGCCUCAAGUUCGAGUUCCCCUCGCAGUCCUAUCCUGAAUACACCCUUGGUUUCGAUCGCGCUGGACGAACUCGGCCCACAGUGGAAUCCAGCACCAGCAGUGGCCGGUCCACGGAUGCUCAGCAUCCUCCGCUCCAACACCAACACCAACACCCGCACCCCUUUCCGCACCACUACUCGCCCAUCUCGUACUCCCGCGUGCCCGGGUACGGCCAGGACGUGGACAACUUCGUGUUGCCGGACCUGUGGGACUUCUCGGGCAUGGACGCCGCGGGCGGGCCCGCGGCCCCUUUCCUGGCCGGCGGCGAGCCGUUCUUGCAGCAGAGCAUGGACGAGUUCCUCCUCCGGGGCGCGCAGAGGGACCGAUUCGCCUAUUCGUGA